GACGCACUAUCAACGGCGCUGUUGGCUACUCCAAGGGCCCCUGUGCCGUUUUCGGCCGAUGACAUUGAAGUCAUGAAGGAGCUAUGUUUGCUGUUGCGUCCUUUUGAUCAGGCGACUAAAACGAUUUCGGGCGGAAAGUAUCCCACCAUUUCAUUGGUGAUACCAUUGAUUUGCGAGAUGCAACGCAAACUAUCUGACCUAAAAAACGAACUCGUUUCCGUUGAAGCCACAAUCGAUUUUAACACUUUAAACGCCAACAUGAGAACUCGAUUCGGACAUUAUGAAACGCGAACAGUGCCCCGAAUUGCCACAAUUAUUGAUCCCCGCUUGAAAAAAGACGGGUUUGAAUCACCCUACAAUGCUGAGCAAGUGGCUAAAGCUUUGGAGCAGGAACUCCAUAGUACAAUCUCCAAUGGAAAAAUCCACACCGCCGAUGGAGCCUACACCACCAGUUGAACACGGCCCCUCCAAGGUUUUUUCAUUCCUUGAUUCUAAAUUAAAAGCGAAGAUAAAUUCACCGCGAACCGACGCUGUGAUCCUACUAAGACAGCAUCUCGAAACCCAAAACGAGCCUGAAACAUGCGACCCACUAAAAUAUUGGAAGACAAGAGCAGAUAUAUACGAAUCGCUGCAACAGGUUGCACUUAAAUACCUUUGUGUACCAGGAACAUCCUGUGAGUCCGAAAGGUGCUUCAGCAAAGCUGGACAGAUAGUGUCGGAUCGGCGCACAAGGCUCGAGCCUGAUGUAGUGGACAAGUUAAUGUUUAUUAACAAAAAUCAAGAUAUUUUUCCUUAA